CACCGGAUAUAACGCGUUUAUAACUCUGAUUGGUCCGUUUGGUUAUGCGCGAGCACAUGUAUAUAAAAGUACGAACGGUCAAUCGCAAUUGGAUCAGUUGUUGACAGCCACUGCGUGCGUGUCAACGAAACACGUGUUGUAUACGUUCGAAAAUAUCUGCCUCUGGCAACAAUCGUCUUUCUGUUAAUUUUUUCUGACGAGCGUCACGAGUAUUGAUCGAUCGACACGGUCGUCUCGGUUUUUUGAAGGAACUUCACGCCGGACGAAUUACUCGGCAAAGUUUAAUGCGAUUGAAAAUAAUCGAAUAAAAAUCGUGUGCGGUGAAGUGAACAAUGUUCGACGUGUUUUUCGAACAUUUACGAAUAUUUUUGUUGUUUUUUCUAUAAAUUCCACGUGAUCGCGAGACAAGAAAUGUCUCGAGGUUUGCUUGUUUGAAAAAAAAAUAUCACUUGAGAAAAUUUCGUAAACACGACAAGUUACAAGAGUGAAAAAAAAAAAACAUCAACAAAGAAGAACACAUUGAAACGAACUAAUUUAUAAGCUGUGAUAUAUAUAUAUAACUGUGCGAAACCCCGAGACACACAGAGCAAAGUUCAGCGUGCAACAAUGCCCGGAGAUAAGCAAGCGACAAUGAAACUGCCUAUUUCGUUGGAUCUUCCGGCGAGGGAAUUGGAGGAAUUGAUGGACAAAGCGAAAGACUGGGCUCUCAUGCACGGUGUGUGUCUGAGGUCAAAAGUCAAUUUCAAUCGAGACGUUCUGCAAUUUGCGCCUUUCGCGCUCCUGCCGUCGCCGUUUCCCCGUGAGGAGUUUCGCAACGCCUGCGACAUUCAGGUCAUUUUGAACGAGCUCAUCCACAGCGUGGCUCACGACUACGAGUUUCUGAAGGAGACUCUGCAGGAGACCGUGAAAGUGGACGACUUCACCAGAAGGCUGUUCGAAAUCUACGAGAUCGUACACAAGGAGGGCGCAGCGCAGAAGAUCUCGCUCGGUUUGCUGCGCUCGGAUCUGAUGCUGGACACGAGCUGUCCCAAGAAGAACACGAAAAAGUUCAAGCCUCACUGCUGCUGGAAGCAGGUCGAGAUAAACACAAUCGCCUCCGGAUUCGGCUGGCUGGGACCUGCUUCCACGCAGCUUCACGAGUUUGUUUUGCGUGAACUCGGCUACAAGGCGGAGUUGAAAAAUCUUCCCGAAAAUAAUGCGCUGCAGGCGCUGUGCGAAGGCAUGAUAGAAGCGUGGAACUUGUACGGCGAUCCGCAGGCUGUUAUCUUGUUCGUCAUCGAGGACGUUACGUACAAUAUAUGCGAUCAGCGUUUCCACGAGUUCGAAAUACGAAGACAGAAUCCGAAUGUGAAGGUGAUUCGAAGAAAUCUGACGCAACUGGCGGCCGAAGCGAGGCUGGGCUUUAACAAAGAGCUGAUUGUGAACGAUUACGUCGUGGGAGUGGUUUAUUACAGAUGCGGCUACGAGCCCGGCCAGUAUCACACUCAGAAGGAAUGGGACGCGAGACUGCUUGUUGAGAGAUCGUUGGCGAUCAAAUGUCCGAGUAUUCAGUAUCACUUGGCCGGCACCAAAAAGGUUCAGCAAACUCUGGCAAAGCCCGGGAUGGUCACGCGCUUUUUGAAAGACGAAAAAACGGCGACAAAAGUGAAAGAAAUAUUCACUGGUCUUUAUCCGCUGGAUUUUGACGAGCACGGGGAUGCCGCGGUGGAAAUGGGUAUCUCAGAACCGCAACGAUUCGUACUGAAGCCGCAGAGAGAAGGCGGUUGCAACAAUCUGUACGGGACGGAUAUCAAGAACUACUUGGAGUCCGUGAAAACCGAGCAGGCGCGUGUAGCUUGGAUUCUCAUGGAUCGACUCUAUCCGCCGGUGCACAGGAACUACGUCGUGAAGCCCGCGAGUAGCGUCAUGCUGGAAACGAAGGAGCUGGUUUCGGAGUUGGGAAUAUUCGGCGUUAUCAUCGGAGAUGAUAAAAACAUUAUUGUUAACAAACAGGGCGGUCAUAUGUUAAGAACAAAGUUAGCCACAGACAACGAAGGCGGCGUGGCAACCGGCCUAGGUGCUUGUGACAGUCCGUUUCUAAUUGAUUAAAGUACGAAAUGGAAAGCGCAUCGAACUGACUACACGAAACAUUUACGUCGCAACAAUAUUCCUCCUCGAAUAACAAUGUUACUGCCAAUAGAACAACGAUGUUUUGUAUGGAUUUAUAUUUUGUAUGUAUAUAUCUUUAUACGUGUGAAAUAAAUGUUUUUUCUUUAUGCAAACUUGAUGCAAACUGACGGAUUCAUUUUGCAAAAUA